AGCAUGUGACGCAUUUAAGCUGCGACCUCUGCGCGUAUCUCUGUCUACAGUUGCAAGCUGGCUGAUAUUCGCAUGUUUUAUUCAGGUGAGGAGAAAAGAAGCGCUCUGGAAAUAUGUCUCUGGCUUGCUGACUUGGAGGAGGCAGGAGAAGAGGAGGACGGGCUGUAAAUUAUUUACAUGUUGUACCGACCAAACCCACAUGACUUUCUUCUGUGGGACACAAAAUGUUGGCUAUGAUUUGAAGGAAGGGAUCGAGCGAAAGUUUGAUAAAUGGCAGGAGCACCCUCCAGUCAAGCAGGUGAAGUUUCUUCCAGCUCCCCUCGAUGGACAGAGGAAGAAGAGAGGAGGAAGAAGGUACCGUAAGAUGAAAGAGAGGCUGGGUCUGACAGAAAUCAGGAAAUAUGCCAACAGAAUGACAUUUGCAGAGAUCGAAGAUGAUGCUUAAACGGAAGGAUCUGGGCUUCAGUCUCAGUCAGAUGGGAAAGUCUGGCAGCGGCAGGGUCAGACAAGCUCAGGUCAAUGACUCAACCAAGGCCAGAAUAUCCAAAUCCUUACAGGAUGCAGAUGUUACAUCCUCCACAUUCAAAUUGUUUUCGCACAUUCAAAUGCAGUUGCUUUCUGUUUGGUUCCCUUGCUGAAACACUGACAGAUAUCCGUGGUGGAUUUGUUAGUUAACAGUCUGUACACGGUCUGCUCUCUGUCAGGGUCUGGAGAUUGUGAACCCACAGGCUGCAGAGAAGGUGGCUGAAGCCAAUCAGAAAUAUUUUUCCAACAUGGCCGAGUUCCUCAAGGUCAAGCGCGAGAAGGAGGAUAAAGUGUGAGGCGGUGUGUCAGACGAAGGAAACCAUAUACACUGACAGCCAUGGACGGAUUUACACUUCAACUGUUAACUUAUACUCUGUCACACACCCACUCAGAUGGACUUGUGUGGGAACGGUGACAUUAUGAGGACAGAACAAGGACACAUGACUGGAGAUCCAACAUAUUCAAGAGAGAGCAACAUAUUCUAGAUUGUGUUUUUUGUACAUUUUCAUAAAUGUGUAUUGAGGAAUUGUGUGUUGUCUGUGUGUAUAUAUAACAAAGAACAGUAAAUGCAAGUUGUUUUUUUCAGCAACUUUGGACAACACUUUGAUCAAAUAAAGUUGCUUAUCUAGUUAUA